CCGGCCUGUCGCAAAGGCCGCGUUCCGGCGGCGAAUGAGCGACUCGCUUUCCGUGUGCGGCUGCGGCGGCGGCGGCGGCCAGAUCGUCUUCUCCUCCUCCUCCUCCCCCGGACCGGGUGCUUCAUUUCACCCUCCGAUUCCGACCGUAUCCAUCCGCGCCUAGGUCUGGCCGGUGCCAUCGGUCUUCGCAAUGCCCCCCAAGAAACAGGCUCAGGCCGGGGGCAGCAAAAAGGCGGAACAGAAGAAGAAGGAGAAGAUUAUCGAAGACAAAACUUUUGGCCUAAAGAAUAAGAAAGGAGCAAAACAACAGAAGUUUAUCAAGGCUGUCACUCACCAAGUUAAAUUUGGUCAACAAAAUCCACGUCAGGUAGCACAAAGUGAAGCUGAAAAGAAAUUGAAGAAGGAUGAUAAGAAGAAAGAAUUACAAGAACUUAAUGAGCUGUUCAAACCUGUUGUUGCUGCUCAAAAAAUAAGUAAAGGUGCGGAUCCCAAGUCUGUGGUGUGUGCCUUCUUCAAGCAAGGGCAGUGUACUAAAGGAGAUAAAUGUAAGUUCUCUCAUGACUUGACUUUGGAGAGAAAAUGUGAAAAACGAAGUGUUUACAUUGAUGCAAGGGAUGAAGAACUUGAAAAAGACACAAUGGAAAAUUGGGAUGAGAAAAAGCUGGAAGAAGUAGUGAACAAGAAGCACGGUGAGGCGGAAAAGAAAAAACCAAAAACUCAAAUAGUGUGCAAGCAUUUCCUUGAAGCUAUUGAAAAUAACAAGUAUGGCUGGUUUUGGGUAUGUCCUGGAGGAGGUGAUAAUUGCAUGUAUCGUCAUGCACUUCCUCCUGGAUUUGUAUUGAAAAAGGACAAAAAAAAAGAGGAGAAAGAAGAUGAAAUUUCAUUGGAAGACCUGAUUGAAAGAGAGCGCUCUGCCCUAGGUCCAAAUGUUACCAAAAUCACUCUAGAAUCUUUUCUUGCAUGGAAGAAAAGGAAAAGACAAGAAAAGAUUGAUAAACUUGAACAAGAUAUGGAAAGAAGAAAAGCAGACUUCAAAGCAGGGAAGGCACUGGUGAUCAGUGGUCGUGAAGUGUUUGAAUUUCGUCCUGAACUUGUCAAUGAUGAUGAUGAAGAAGCAGAUGACACCCGUUACAUUCAGGGAACAGGAGGUGAUGAGGUUGAUGAGUCCAUGAGUGUAAAUGACAUAGAUUUAAGUCUGUACGUCCCUAGAGCUGUGGAUGAGACAGGUAUUACGGUAGCCAGUCUUGAAAGAUUCAACACAUAUGCUUUGGAUAAAGAUGAAAACAAAUUAAGCGAAGCAUCUGGAGGUAGGGCAGAAAAUGGUGAAAGAAGUGAUUUGGAAGAGGACAACGAAGGGGAGGGACAGGAAAAUGGAGCCAUCGAUGCUGUUCCUGUUGAUGAAAAUCUUUUUACUGGAGAAGAUUUGGAUGAAUUAGAAGAAGAAUUAAACACACUUGAUUUAGAAGAAUGACACUGAACAAGUUGAUAAAAAGUUAAGUCAGCUCAUCAUGAGUUGAAAUUGACUGCAUUAAUUUUUUUUUCACCUAGAAACAACAGGAUGUUUAUUUCCCAUGGUUCUGGAGGGCUUACUCUCCUCUAAAAAAGGAAUAUUCUCCCUACAUCUUUUCUUCUGACUUUGGCUACAUCUCAUAGUAAGUUCAGAGUAGUUCAUGAUAAAUUAAAAAUAUAAUGGUCGUUGCAGAAAAUAAUUGGUUGUUGUAACUGUUCCUAGGAAGUUCAAUUGCUUGCCUAGCUUUUGAUUUUCAUUGCAUAUAUGUAAUUACUAGGAGCAACAUGAAUUUAUAUUUAAAGUACCCUACAUUUGAUGCAGUUUUUAAUGAAUGAUUUUUUCUUUCCUCUGUAUUUAUGUGUCUUAAAGACUGCCUAAAAUGUGAGCACUGUACUUGAUAAAGGAAACUGCAUAUGCAGAUUCAGUAUUGUAUAUCUGUGGACAAUUAGAUGGAGAGUUGAAAUAGAACUUCUUUGAUCAGAUAGGAUCAGCUAUAAUGUCGUGUGUUAAACUGUCUUAAGAGUUUUUCUUCUUUUUUGCCAAUAAAAUUGUAAAUAAAGACCAUCAUACAUUAAAAUCCAAAUAUGGGC